AUGGACAAUAUGAUAACUAAUGCCCUUGGGUUUAAUACGCCGAUUUAUGUGCCAAAUGAUGUCGACGACCCUGCUGAUGAUGAAUAUGACGCUGAUGUUAACGUCGAGAGACCAAAUGAGGAAGCCCAGCGAUUUUUUGAUCUUUUGAAAGAGACAAAUACACCGUUGUGUGAAGGCUCUCGAGACUCAAAGUUAACGGUGUGUAUUAGACUUUUGGGUAUCAAGUCUGAAUGUCUUGUUUCAGAAUACACCAUGGACUUGAUAACGAAACUGAUGUUGGAUAUAACAAUAGACCGUCCUCUUGAUUUGCCAAAAAAUUAUUACGAAGCAAGACAAUUGGUUGCAAAGUUAGGACUCGGAGCGAAGAGAAUUGACUGUUGUGUUAACGGGUGUAUGUUGUACUAUAGCAACGAAUUUGGUGUAGAUGACGGUGCAUUACUUGAAUGUAAAUUUUGUCAAGAACCAAGAUAUCGUGUAACAAGAAAUUCACGGUCAGUCAGAAGGAAGCCAAUCCCAAGAAAGGCGAUGUUCUAUUUACCCAUAAUACCAAGGUUGCAAAGGUUGUAUGCAUCGAUGCAAACUGCCAGUAAAAUGACAUGGCAUCGUGAAAACUAUGAAAGGAGAAAAAUGUCAGGUGAGUUGCGACAUCCUUUUGAUGGAAUGGCUUGGAAGCAUUUUGAUCAAGUUUAUCCCGACUUUGCUUCGGAGCCACGGAAUGUCCGACUUGGGUUAUGCUCAGAUGGAUUUACACCAUAUACUCAAGUAUCAGCCACUCCAUAUUCAUGUUGGCCUGUUCUGAUUACCCCGUACAAUCUUCCUCCUGAUAUGUGCAUGUCAAAACCUUACAUGUUUUUAGCCGCUGUAAUACCAGGCCCAUCUAGUCCAACUGUUGGUAUUGAUAUCUAUUUACAACCUUUGAUUGAUGAUUUGAAGAGAUUGUGGAACGGUGUUGCGACGUAUGAUAUCAACCAAAAACGAAAUUUCAAUAUGAGAGGAGCUUUGAUGUGGACCAUUAAUGAUUUUCCUGCAUAUGGGAUGUUGUCUGGAUGGGGGACACAUGGUAAACUAGGAUGUCCUAUUUGCAUGAUGGACACCAAAGCGUUUUGGUUACACAACGGUGGGAAGGCUACUUGGUUUGACUGUCAUCGUCGGUUCUUGCCUACUGAUCAUCCGUUUAGAAGAAAUAAAAAUGCUUUUGUUCAUGGUGAGAUCGAGACUCGUGAUCCACCAGAUUAUUUGACAUCCCGACAAGUUUGGAACAAAGUGAAAGAUAUUCCAAAGGUUAAGGUUGUAGGUGGUGUUGCCUCUAAACCGCGUGGUUAUGGACAAACACACAACUGGACAAAAAGAAGAAAAACGAAAGAUAAUGACAACGCGAGGAGAGACAUAGGGUUGUAUUGCAAACGUAACGAACUGUUGUUGGUGGAGACAUCUAACGGCAAACUUCUUAAACCUCGUGCAAACUAUACUUUAUCUCCUGACGAAGCCAAAUCUGUUUGUCGAUGGGUAAAAGAAGUGAAGAUGCCAGACGGUUAUUCGUCGAAUUUGGCGAGAUGCGCUGAUGUUGACCACGGAAGGAUGCGUGGGAUGAAAAGUCAUGAUUGUCAUGUUUUUUUCCAGACUUUACUAUGA